AUGGUCUCUUACAAGACGACCCUGUUGGAUUCCCUGCGCCACUCCAGCCCAACCGCCAAUAUCUCUCUCAUCAAGGCUGACGUCUCGCUCGUGGCCGAGGUGGACAAGAUAGUCCAGGAGAUCACCCAAAAGGAGAGCAAGUUGGACCUGCUCGUAAUGUCCUCGGGUUUCAUGGCCUUCGAGGGCCGCAAGGACACGAGCGAGGGGCUGGAGCCCUCCAUGACAACACGUUACUACUCGCGCCAACGGGCGGUCGAGCAGUUGCUGCCCCUGCUCAAGAACGCGCCGGUCCCGCGGGUCCUGACCGUCUUGGCCGGAGGCCUGGAGCGGGAGCUCAACGUCAAAGACCUCGACGUCAAGGACCCGCGGAACUGGCAUUUCAUGACGUCGUCCAGCCACGCCUCUACCAUGCACACGCUCUGCCUCGAACACGUGGCCCAAGAGAACCCAGAGCUGAGCAUCCUCCACUGGUUCCCGGGCCCUGUGUCCACGCCUGGCUUGGCCAGGGCUGCCAAGUUUGGCAUGAGCCCCCCCAACCAGAUGAGUCAGGUUGAGUCAGGUGCACGCGGUCUCUUCCUGGCUACCAGUGACCGGUAUGGAGUCCGUAGCGGCCUGGUGCCGACGCCACAGGGCCUCAAUGCCGCCCAAAAGUCUGGCGGCGGCAUCUUUCUCGUCGACCCAUUGGGGGAGACGACUGAUAACGAAUACGUGCUAUCGUCAAUGAGAAAGAAGGGCGUCAACAAGCUUGUCUGGGACUUCACGCAUAGGACCUUCGAUCGUAUCGCUGGCAGCAAGGUCACAUUGGGUACAGGUGGAUCCAGUUCAAAGGAUGAGCUGUAG